AUGUCUUCAGUCACAACUACUUCACUUCUUCUUCCAUCAUAUUACGGCCACUUCCUCGCCGAGGUCGUCGGUGCUGAUCCCACGGCCACUACUUUCGUCCUCGAUUGUGAUUGGGACAAGUACCCCUGGGAGGGCGAAGACGAUUGCUACGUUACCAAGCAAACCGUCGUUGUCGGGCCGUGGGCUGACAAGACAACUACACCUGGAGCUCCUACAAAAGGAAUCUACAAAGAAUCUUAUGUCGAUAAAGGCAUUGAAGAGGGAGAAGAAGGGUACUCUUUCUCUGCCGAAUGCCAAAUGAGCAAAACAUGGGCUGAGACAUGCACCACUAUCAACAUUGGCGGAAAUGCCAAUUUCGGUCCUACAGCGACUUUCCCGCGUUCCACCGGCACGGCGUUCGACGGAUUUUACUACUUUGCUGGCUAUGGAGCUUUCAACUGGGUUGCUGUGACAGUCACGGCCGGCGAGAAGUAUCUUUCGGCAGCCAAGACUGCUGUUGCUGCUUCUAUUGAGGCAUCCGUCACGAGCGAUGCUCAAUCUGCAAAGGCGACAACUGCAAGUGACGAAGCGACAAGCACCGUUGAUGAAGAUAUAGUUGUUGUGACUGGUGAAGCCUCACCUACAGAGACAUUUACUAGUGGGGCUUGCGCGAAACGUGUGUUGAGUGUUUGGGCUCUAGUCGGAUUAGUUGCUACUGUCGGUCUCUUAUAA